AUGACAUCAAGUCGUUAUGAAAUUGAUGAUGAAAUAUAUAUAACUGAUCUAUUAACAAACGAAGAUAUUCCUUCAUUUGUUAAAUAUCUUAAUAAUCCAACAAUAUAUACUAAUACACUGAAAAUACCAUAUCCAUAUUCAACAAAUGAUGGUGAAGAUUUUAUUAAAUUUCUCAAAUCGGAAUCAUUAAAUUCAACACGUUUUUUUACUAUUCGUUUACAGGCUAAUAAUGAAUUAAUAGGUGCAUGUGGUUUACAUCGUUCGAUUAAAAAUGAAAGGAGAACAGAAAUUGGAUAUUGGUUAGGAAAAAAUGAAUGGAAAAAUUUAGUUCGAAUUGAAGCACAAAUAUUUCAUUGGAAUAAAGCAUCAAUGCGAGUUGUAGAAAAAUGUGGUUUUACAUUUGAAGGAAUAUUACGUAAACGUGUGCAUAAAAAUGGACAAGAUAUUGAUGUGCAUUUAUAUGCAUUGAUUCUUGAAUAA